UUGGCAACCUGUUGCUGCACUGCUUUACCUGUUUAUCAGCUACAGAUAAUGGAGCAAAUGAAUUCCCUUGAGACUGAAGACAUGCAGUCACAGCCUGUCGUCCCCCUGCCUCCCUCUAUUCCUGCUCCUCCGACACUCAGAAACAGAGAGCAUUACCACGUCUUCAUUAGCUACAGCAGCACUGACUACCGGUGGACCCACUUCCUCAUCAGACGGCUGGAGUCCUGCGGCCUGCAGGUCUGCUACCACGAGCGCGACUUCACCCCCGGCCGCACCGUGUUGGAAAACAUGUCCGAAUGCAUCCAGGAGAGCCAGAAGGUCCUGCUGGUGCUCAGCCCGGAGUUUGUGAGGAGCCGCUGGUGUCUCCUGGAGGCCAACAUGUCUCUGUUCAGAGACUGCCUGGAGAGGAAGCCCAUCAUCCCGGUGCUGCUGGAGCCAGGAGUCUCUGUCCCUCUCCACCUGUGCCACCUCACCUACCUGGAGGCCAACGACCCCGACUUUAUGAAUAAGCUUCUUAAAGUGCUGUGCACCCCCAACCAGCAGCUUCAAGGGUCCACUGUGGUGCCCUUCCAGCCUCCCUCUAUCUACAAUGGGAAGGCCCUGCAGCCUUUGACGGCCGUCGAUGCUGAGGGACUCUAUAAAUGGGAUUCUGGACAGUUCAGUGACAUGGAGGUGCCAGACCAACUGCGCCUGAUCAUUGAGGACCACGAGAAGUACAGAAAUGCUGUGAGGAUCAUCAACAGUGUCUCUCAGAAUAAAGUGCACCCACUCUGGGUUAAAGCACUGAUGCUCAUUAUUGCUAUGAUUGUGCUUAUGCUCAUGUCAGGUCUAUGCUCAUAUAUGAUAGUUAAGAUAAUAGAUGCUCCAUUUAAAGGCCAGAGCAGAACUCUCUGGGUUCUCAGUAUUUCUUGUAUCAUCUGUGUUGCAUUGGGGUUGCUUAUUCAGAUUGGUCUCUGGAAGAAGGAUGAAGUGAAGUACAUAGUGAGGGAGAUGAACAAAGCUAUGGGUCAAGCAAACACAAUCCUCUCUGAGGAGAAGGUUUUAAUGGGCUGUCGGUCCAAUUCUAAAAUCUAUCUGGUGUAUGUUUCCCUGGACGGUUGCAAACGUGAGUUUGCAGAAACGUUUUCUGAGCAGGUUGUUGCUGAGGAUAUGUUUCAAAGAGCUCUGAUCUUCUUCUCAUCAGGUUACGCCUGCUGCCUUGCUAAAAGACACUUUCCCUUUCCCCUGCCGAGCUCCACCGGCCACCUGGAGGGAGGGGUGUGUUUCUGCCAGUAUGUCUCCCAGCAGCUGAGCACAGGGCAGUGGGAGUAGAGUGCUGCAGGGAUGAUGUAAGAGCAUAGACCAAACCGGAAGUUUGCAUCACUCUGGUUCCCAGAGCCAAUAGGAUUUUUUCCAUCAGAUUUUGGAUUAAUGCACAAAAUAAUUUGUAGCAAACAAAAGUUUAGGAUACUCUUACAUUUUGUUCAACAAUAUAAUCUCCACAAAUGAACACCAAUCUUAUGAUUUUUGAAACAACUGUCUGACAUUAGGCUGCAAUAAACAGCACCAUGGUAGCAUGAACGUCACCACUAAGCUUCCUUCUAAGCUACACUGUACAAACUUGACAAUAAAACGCAAAAUUUACCAGUUGAAAAGUUGGAGUUAGAAUAGUUUGAAGAGUGCAGAUAUGAGGCUGUAAAUUUGGACUAGUGAGUAAAUAAGUUUCCAUGUUCAGCCUGAUGAUGUUUAAUGCUCCCGACAACCUCUGUAGUCUCCUUUAGCCACUUGUUAGCAGCACUUUUGUAAAACACAUCAAAUCUUCAAAAUUCAUGAGUGAGGUAUUUACUGUCGUAUUUUAUGUCAUGGACCAAACGUGAAAAUCUCUUCAGCUUGUGUCACCCACAGACCUUAUUUCAGGCAUCUAACCAAAAAGCCAUUCAAAAAAUUGACUACUGACCAUUGACUUUAAGACGAGGGAGCUGAAAGCACAACAAUGUGAACUAAUUUCCAGGUUUUAGGACUCAUUCCUGCAGCACUGUAUAGCAGCAACAGCAUAGACCAGGAAUGGACCUGCAGUUCGUGAGAAAGUCAGUAGUGAUUCAAGACAUAGAAUUCUUAGGAAUAUUUUUAUAAUGACCACAAAAGGGCAUAAUUAGUCACAAGUCAGGUGUAAUCACUACAGUAUACAGACAAAUCUAUAGGUUUCAUUGAGUAAUGUUAAUGCUUGAGGCUCGCUGGCACUUGUGUUCCCUUUUCCACUUGCCUGAAGGACAACCUGAGCUAAAACCAGUUAAUCCACCAGGGUUUUGGUGCAGUACAGAAUAAAAGCAGCAGACAAAGUGUUAAACAUGAGAAGAAACCCUGGUGUCUUUGCACUCAUUUUUAUAGUUGGUGCUAGUUUCUUUUCUGUGCUCUGUGUCCGAAUGCACCGUUUACAGUAUCAGCCUGCCUGGGUGUGUUCUGGGUUUUUACAGAUUCUCUUCUCGCGAUGCCUCUUGAGUUAUUUAUUGAGUGUGAAUCCAUACAGUGUUACUAUGACGACAAGGUAGCAUCCCAUUACAUUCAGCUGAAUCUGGUCUUUGGACUGAAUGACAGCAUCAUUCGCUACAGUUCUGUUCAUGUCCACAUGUUUUCUCCACAUCAAGUGGACACUCGACACAGAGAGGAAGAAAGGGAAAUGAAAAUUUUAUCAUGUGAAAUAAUUGUGCUUUUGGGUUUGAUCAUUUUGAUGCAGUUCUUUUAAUAAAAAUGCAUUACA